GACGAGGCCGAGGACGGUGUGACGGUGACGGCGACGUCGGCGAACACGGGAGCAGCAGACACGAAUCAGAGCUCGCCGCGCCACUGUUUCCCGACCAGCUCUGUCAACACACACGCAGCCCUCGCGCGUUGUCAACAGUGACAGCUCGUGUCGCGAGCGUGUGCAUGUCAAAGUGUUCGACAUUCGCCGUUGAGAAUCGUGAAUCGCGCGCCGUGUAACGUUCGUGGAAGGAAACGAGUGGAGGGAAGAAGGGAAGAUUGGUAGAUUUCGAGGAGGAAUUUUCGAACAGUGAUAUUCCGCUGUCGGUCGAGAACGGUUCGAGAACGGUUCGAUAACGGGGGUAAACAAAGAAGCGUUUCGAAUGAUCCGAGGGUGAGGAAGAGUGAACGUUCUCGUGGAUUGUUUGUUGUUGGCUGGUAUCGAUCGAUCGGCAAGGUAGGUUCGCCGAAUCUACGGGAUCGGAUCUACGAGGACCGCGUGGAAGGGACGACGGGAAAGUGGUUUCCGUGUGCGACGAGAGUGCGUCGUGUGUGCUGGUGAACGGCACGGAAUUCGAGAGGGAUCGCGAGAGGUGAGGAAUCAGCAGGAGAGGGUGUACGCGGGUCCUCUCGGAACAUAGGAAGAGGGAGGAAUAGUAAUAGGUCUGGUGAGAUUAUUCGGUGUGUCGCUUCUGUGUUUUCGUUCACCUGAUUGAUCCUUCCUCCGAAAGGCGGAGGGCGGCGAGACAUCGAUCGCUCGCCAUUUUGCACGUCGACCGACAUCUUCUCCACGCAUCGACGACAUUUUCCCUCGUGACAGUUUUAGCCUCGUAUAACGCUCGAGGUUCUCUCGCGGAGGAGAGAGUACGCGACCGCGAUUGACGGUAGCUGACGAAACAGAGGACGGGAAGAAGGAGAAGGAGAGGAAAACAAGGGAGAGAGAGAGAGAGAGAGAGAGAGAGAGAGAGAUAAGAGUAUCGAAAAGAAGCGCAGGUAAAGGAGGUGAUAGGGUCGUACAGGUCGUAGGUAGAAGUCAGCAGGCUGGGAGGUCGGCUGAGCGAGGUGGUGGGUCCCGUCGUGGAGGAGGCCAUCGAGCCAGGGGAUGCCACCCCGUUGACGGGACCCUCGAGGGAGUCCUCGGUUCCUCGAGCCCCACCGCCCAUCCCGCAUCGCGUUACCACAUUGAAACCACCGAGACCUCCGCCCACUACGUCUCAACAAACACAGGAUCCAGGUCAUCAGACCCAAGAGUCGAACGAGAACGCUCAGAAUCCAGGUCAUAAGGCCCAGAAUCCUGGACAACAGACGCAGAAUCCGGAACACCAGUCGCAGAACCCGGGCCAUACGACCCACAACCCGACUCAUCGUCAAAACCCUGCUCAACAGCAACCCCCGAAGGCAGAGCAACAGACCCAGAACCCGGGUCACCAGGCUCCGAAUCCCGGCCAUCAGACUCAGAACCCGGGUCACCAAGCUCAAAAUCCCGGCCACCAAGGUCAGAACCCAGGCCAUCAGUCGACGAACCCGGGUCAUCAAUCGGCGAACCCGGGUCAUCAAUCGGCGAACCCAGGUCCCCAAUCGACGAACCCGGGUCAUCAGACCCAAAAUCCCGGACACCAGACCCAGAACGUAAGUCGACACGGUCAGAAUCCCAGUCAUCAGGCGACGCAGACGCAGCAACAGCCCCAAGCACCCGCGCAGCAACCACAGCCACAACAACAACAACAACAACAACAACAACAACAACAGGAGAACCGUACCAGCAGCAUGGGUACGGUGUUGUCGUUUAGUCCGCGUGAAAGACGCGGGACCGUGUAUCCGCCAGCGGGUCAUCAACAUCCCGCUGAUUUCACGUUGAACAAUUUCAAUUACGAGCAGUUGAACAAUGCGAAGAAUCGAGAGAACAAGAGCGGCGCCGCUACGGUGGCGCCGGCGCCGCCCACGAAUCACCCACCUACGAACAAUAACUCGUUGCAAAACAACAAUAUCAAUCUGAACAACAACGACAACGCGAGGAUCAUCUCGGAGAAAAACGCGCUCGAGAAGAACCUGAAGAAACACUCGUUGUUCAUAAACGCGCUCUCGUGGAAGCGGUUCAGCACGGCGAACAACAACAAGAAGAAGCUCGACAAUAAAAACAAGAACAUUGGCUUCAGGCAGCCGCUCGAUAACAUACCCAUCGUCGACAAGAACAAGAACAUACAGACGCCUCAGACGAAACCACCGGCGUCGAACAACAAUCACACCACGCACAACCCGACGUGCGAGAAGCCUGCACCCCUGAAGCCAAGGAAAGCCGUGAUCCAAGCCUCGACAUCGGAAUUGCUCAAAUGCCUCGGCGUCUUCCUUCACAGGAAAUGCACCCGUUUAAGACACUUCGAGGCAGGCGACGCCAUCAUGUGGCUGAGGACCGUCGACAGGAGUCUACUGCUUCAAGGCUGGCAGGACAUCGCGUUCAUCAAUCCGGCCAACGUUGUGUUCAUUUAUAUGCUGGUGAGAGAGCUGGUGGACGGAGAAGAAGGUUCCGAGACAGAGCUCCAGGCGACGGUGUUAACGUGCCUGUACUUGAGCUACAGCUACAUGGGCAACGAGAUCAGCUAUCCCUUGAAACCGUUCCUCAUCGAGGAUAACAAAGACAAGUUCUGGGACAGGUGCUUGCUGAUCGUGAAUCGUCUAAGCUCCAAGAUGCUGCGGAUUAACAGCGAACCGGGAUUCUUCACGGAGGUCUUCACUGAACUGAAGGCCUGCGGAGCUGGCGAUCGAGAUAAUCUGCCUGGUACCGGCCUCGAGCGAAGCCUCGUCGUCUCCGGAGUCGCGGUACCCACCAAGGCGGCUUGACGGAGCUACACACACUUGCUGGU